CAACCUUGCACUCCUGAACUGAAUUCAGUUUGGGACGGCCUGACCGGGGACGGGCAGCCCCGCCUCCACCCGUGCCUGCAGCCACAGCCCGCGGCCGUGCAGGAAGCACCAGGACAUAGAGACUGCAGGGCCACCAGCCUGGGGACAGGUCAUGGGGCAGCCGGCCGGGCCCCACAUCUUCAAGCUGGUGCUCCUGGGAAGCGAGUCCGUGGGCAAGUCCAGCCUGGCGCUGCGCUACGUGAGGAACGACUUCCCCAGCGUCCUGCCCACCGUGGGCUGCGCCUUCCUCACCAAGGAGCUGGUUGUGGGUGCGGAGGCCGUCAGGCUGGAGAUCUGGGACACGGCGGGCCAGGAGAAGUACCACAGCGUCUGCCGCCUGUACUUCCGGGGCGCCCACGCGGCGCUGCUGGUGUAUGACAUCACCCGGAAGGACUCCCUGGAGCAGGCCCAGCGCUGGCUGCAGGAGCUGCGGCGGGAGAGUGGCCCCCACGACGUGCUGGCCAUGCUGGUGGGCAACAAGGCUGACCUCGGCCCGGAGCGGGAGGUGGCCGUGCAGGAGGGGAAGGAGCUGGCCGAGAGCCAGGGGCUGCUGUUCACCGAGGCCUCGGCCCUGCGGGGCGACGGCGUCACCGAGCUCUUCAGCGCCGUGGCACAGGAGCUGCUACGGAGGGAGCCGCGGAAGGAGGACGUGGGGCCCCGGGGGACGCAGCUGCCCCUGGACGGACGCCCUGCCCGGCAGUGCUGCGCCCGCUAG